AGGAUGUGGUGAAUACCUCUUUAAAGUCAAAGCCAGUCUCGGAGGCCUAGCAAUGGAACGUUCGUGUGAAUUCAGAUUCUCUUUGGUAUGAAUUUGUGGAUAUGUCGCACAAGCAGAUGUGAACGAGCGUCAACGUCGACGCCCAAUGUAGACCGAGCUUUAGAUUCUCAGCUUUCCGGUAGCUUGACGGUCUCUUUUCCUGCGAACUCGAAAAAAAAAAUUCACAUUCUCAUACGCACGUGUGAUUGAUCAUAGAACCCUAGAAACAUCACUGGAUAGCACUUAUUUGAGAACAUUGUGGAUGUUAUAAUAAAAAAUGGGGAAAAUAAAACCAAGAUUGGGCAGUCGUAAGAAAGCUAAGAGGUGGGCCAAAGGACAAAGCUCGAGUUCUAAUCCUGAAGCAAAAAAAUACAGAGAACAGGCUCGGACCAGAUUCUUUCAAGAAAACUCUGCCUCCAGUGGACUGACGUUAGAUGCCCUCCGCAAACAUGACGUGAUGCAAGGAGCACAAUCAGAUGCACAAAUAGUUGGAAUCGACGAUGAUGGUAUAUCUCAAGAAACAACCACCUUUAAAACCAUUAACACAUUUGCCAGUGAUUGGAGUAGUUGUUCAAAUAUUUCCUUCAGCAGAUUCUUGAAUAGAUUUCAAGUAUGUUCAGCUGUGCACAAAGAAAUGUUGGCAGUUUUAGCUGCAGUUACAGAGGUUAUUAAACAAAACGGGGGCACAGAAUCAUCCACUGAAUACUAUGCAGCUCUGAUGACAACACUUGAAGCGGCAGAGACUGAGGAGUCUACAGCAGCUGUUAUUUCACUUUUAGGAAUGGGACUUAAAAAUGUACCUAUCAAUGUGCUCAGACUGCAGUUCAGCCAAGCUAGUCAAACCAUUCUCCAAGUGAUGACCAGAUUUGCUACUAGUGAAAAUUUCCUCAUUCUGCGAACCUGCAUUGGGUGCCUUUCUGUACUAUUGAGAUUUCAAGAAGCAGCUGUAUGGUUAAACUCAUCCACAACUAGGGUACUGGAUGCCAUACUAACUUUCACUGUACACGCAAAGCCAAAAGUUCGAAAGGCGGCUCAACAUGCGAUAUGUUCUAUACUGAAAGGAAGUGAAGUAAUGAAAAGUGAAAAUCCGCCUCUGUAUCACCCCGCCGCGCAUCAAGUAGCAAAACAUUGUCUUACCCAACUAGAGAUGGCAGGGCAGCCUGGGGGAACCACAACUACGCUACACAUUCUCACCAUGUUGAAAGAAAUCCUGCAUCAUCUUACUAAAUCUAAUGUCAAGAGUAUUUGUGAAGGAUUGCUGAAAAUAAUGACAUUGAAUAACGUUCUGGUAACAUCGUGCUGCCUGCAAACGUUUCACAGUCUGUUUAUUUCAAGACCUCCGGAAAUAGUUUUGCCCUCCACUUUGAACGCACAGAUAAUUAAUGCACUCUACGAUUAUCAACCAGCGCCAAGUGACACCCAACCAACUUUAGCUUGGCUAGCAGUUAUGCAAGAGGCACAUUGUAAUCUUGUUGCAAAUUCCUUGCCUCUAUGCGCGGCAAACUUACCUCGAAUCUUGGAAAAGUGUACAGAUCUAUGGUUGUCUGAAAAGAAUGAGAUAAUAACAAGUGCAUCACAUACCAUCAAAACACUUCUGUUAUCGUGCACCGCCCCUCUGUGCAUAACAGAACAGGAUGGGAAGAAGUACAGAGCUACAAUAACAAAGAUAAUUCAGCUGAUUCAACAAGGUAUAAAAUACCAAUAUCACUCUGCUUGGCACCACGUUCUCCACUUACUGGCGGUUAUUUUCCAGGUAGCUGGCCAAACAUGCAAGGAUCAAUUAUUAGUAAUUUUAGUAGAAUUAGCAGAACUCAGGGAUUCGUAUAAAUUCGCAUAUAACUCUGAAGUAGAGUUUGCCGUUGGAUCAGCAAUUAAAUCAAUGGGCCCGGAAAUUGUUCUGAACGCAAUUCCAUUACAGACAUUUGAUGAAAGCAUAGAUUUAAACAGAAGUUGGCUCUUACCUACGUUAAAAGAAAAUGUCAGUCAAGCUCCGCUUGCCUACUUUAUUAAAUCACUACUCCCGCUGGCUAACCUUUGCGAGCGAAAAUCUGCUGCUCAAAAGGCCCAGAAUAACGAGAGUCGUUCGCAUACUUACGAACUGCUCACAUCACAGAUUUGGUCUCUACUCCCGAAUUUCUGUAAUAAUCCGGAUGAUAUCAGAGAUAGUUUCAAGAAUAUUGCCAGGAUUUUGGGUACAGCUAUAAGCGAAAGAAAAGACCUGAGAUUAUCCGUCAUGGCUUCGAUAAGGAAACUUAUCGCAAGAGCAACCGAGGAUAAUAAUUUAGAAGAUAUUGCGGAAUUGUCAAAGUUUGCUAAAAACUUUCUUCCCUUAUUGUUCAAUCUUUAUACAAUAAAGCCUAAUGGUUCCGAUGAAGAAGGACAACGCCUUGCAGCCUUAGAAACCAUCAAGACUUACUUAACUAUAAGUAAUAAGGAGCUGAUAGCUGAGCUUUUUGAUCGUGCUCUGGAAAGACUGCAAGCUAGCGACAUUGACACUUUUAUGAAAGAAAGUAUCUUGGAUUUGAUCAGGGUUGUGGCUUGUCAUACAGAUGGUGAGAGGCUUCUUGCUCUCUACAAACAAUGUGUCCCGUCAUUGUCGGAUAGUAGAAAUUCAAAAGAACAGAAAAAAGCAUACAGAUUUUUAGAAGACGUAUGCGGUAGUGAAAAGGAAGCCUGCAUAGAAUUCGUCCUACAAAAUAGACAUGCUAUUCAAAAAUUGUUGCUGAAAUCUUUGUCUUCUACCGCCGCUAGCAGCAAAGGGGCUCGUUUACGGUGUUUGGAGCAUCUAGUAAAGUCCCAACCACAGCUGGAUCAGACAAAGCUUUUGAAAUCGAUAGUUUCAGAAGCGGUUUUGUGCAUAAAAGAAGUCAAUGAGAAAUGUCGGGCCUCUGCGUAUCAAUUACUCAAUACAAUAGCAGAGCAGCUCAUCGAUAAUGCGCAGAGUAUGGAAAACUACAUUGAAAUCUUGAUAGCAGGUCUUGCCGGGGCUCCGUCACUUUGCAGCGCCACUUUACUAGCACUUGCUUCUAUUACGUUCAAUUAUAACGGUUCAUUAGGAUUAGAUACGGUGAAACAAGUUAUAGUACACGCUUGUGUACUAGUGACUUCUCCAACUCGAGAGAUAACUUUAUCGGCAAUUUCUUACAUCAAAGUUUACCUCUCCGUUAUGCCCUCUCUAGUUGUAGCCCCUAUGUUGCCGACUGUCGUAAAGGCUCUAUGUGACAUGACUGAUGAUUGUAAGAGACAUUUUCGUCAAAAAGUCAGGGAUCUGCUUGUGAAACUAGUGAGGAAAUAUGGUGCUGAUCUGAUAACAGGAUUGGUACCCUCGUCGGAUGAAAUCAUGCACAAAAGAUUGAGAAAUAUUAAAAAAAUACAAGUGAGAAAGCAAAAAAUGAAAGACCAGAAGAAACUCGACGAUUCAAAUAAGCGUGGUUGGGAUGACGAAGAGUUCAGCGUCAAAGCUAGACCAAAAACCAUGGAAGAAAUAUUGGCAGAAAGCGACGACGAAUUUGAUGAAAUGGAAACUGACGACGUAACUGCUCGAGGCCAGAAGAACAAGAAAAAAAGAAAGGCUUGGAUUCGCGAAGACGUGGAAAAUAUUGUUGACUUUGUUGAUGCUGCUGCUGCUAAGAAUAUCACAGCAACACAGCCUGGGGCUUCUACCGCAACUUUACCAAAGGUAAAGAAUACAGACGGUGGGUUCAAAAUAGCGAGAGAUGGGCGAUUGAUCAUCAAAGACGACAACAGCGACAGUGACAUCGGAAGAGUGCCUAAAAAGUUUUCCUCUCCUGGAAGUGCUUCGGAGAACGAGACCGAUGACGAAGACAAAACAUCUGUAGUAUCGGUGUCAAUGACCGGUCGUAAACGAAAACUCAGCGGAAAUGCAGAUGCCACGAGUGCACACUCCAGUCGUCCUGCGAACAAGUAUCAAGCUGGUGGAUUAGGAAUUCAUCGACGAAUUGUAAAGACCAAUCUCGGUAGUGAAUAUUCGGCUAAGAAAGCAAAAGGAGAUAUAAAAAAGAAAGAAAAACCAGAUCCAUAUGCUUACGUGCCUUUGACGCGAGCUGCCUUAAAUAAACGGAAGAAGACCAAAAUGGCAGGAAAAUUCAAAAACAUUGUAUCUGGUGCUAAAAAAGGCACAAAGAUUGGUAAGAAAAACAGAGAUAGGCCCAAGAGAGAUCGUAAUCAAAGUUAGAUAGACGAUUACCAACCGUGAUAACGAAAAGGAAUUUCGCUUGGGAAGUAAAAUUGACAAAACUACUUCAUAACCGGUGUUCGUAAAUCAAUAUAUUUAAAUUUCGAAUUGUUAUCAAAACGUUGUACUAUUUCAAAACUAAGUCUAUGAUUAUACCGAUCAUUGAUAACUAAUAUCAUCACGUAUAUUCCGAAUACAAGCCCUUUCGGCAGCCUAUUGAAGCUGAACGAUACCUCCACUAUUUUGAAAAAAGAUUACCAAAUCUUUUGAAAAUAGUAUUGUCGUACAAUAACAUACACCCGUUUGCCAAACAAUAGAAGUCAUGUCAUUACAAUAAUUACAUGCAGCGUUUUGAUUGUAAAUGAUUACUUGGAGUUCAAUAUCAUAAAAUUCUAACAGUAAAUAAAUAAUAAUGUUAUAAUUGAUAA